UGAUUUGAGAUUCUCUUGGCAUUUGACCUUCAACUAAAGACACGAACAGCUACAGAAGCCUUUCGCAUGACGAUCUCAAAUCGCAAAAGCUUCGCUCGAAACAGCUGCUCCUCCAUGUGCUCUCUCGGUAUCGAAGAAAGUUCCACUACCACAUACAUGAAACUACGAGCAUGCUUGCCAGGCUUUUGGACUCAUAUCACUUUCGAUCAUGUAGCUGUUUGCUUGCAUCACGUUUGGUUCUUUCAAUGGUUUUCCCACCUACAGAUAGGCUUUCUCCACUUGGGAGACAAGACUUGAAACAAAAGCUACCCUGUUCUCUGCAGUCUCAACAGAAUCACCUCAUACUUGUUAAGCGAUUGCAGGAGAUUUGUGGAGGCAUAAAUAUAAUAGUGAUGGGUUAUGUUCUUCACGUCCAAUAAGCAAGCUUUUGCUUCUCCCCUGCAACACAAGGAGGAGGUCCAUUCUCUUAGAUCUUCAUCCCUGCCAUGCUCCAAUUGUCAAGGAAGAAAUGCGGUGAUUUAUGUUGCGUACAACAUGUCAGCUGCCAGAAAGAUUCAAGUCUGAGAGCAAUAAAUUUAGAGCUUAAUGGUUGCAAUGCCAACAGUUUGUUUGGCUGUGGAAGGAACAGCUCAAAACUUUUGCAGCACAGGAAAUGGUUGCAUAGAAUAUACAUCGGCUCCUGUUCUAUUCUCGGGGUCUACUCUGGCUUGCAUAGAAUACUCUCGGUGGUGCAAAGCUGCAGGUUGGUUGAUGACAGCAGGACUUCAGCCCCCUUGUUUCUGCUUGCCAUGCCCAUGGGACUCAAGAAAAGUGGAGGAACUGUGGUACUUGGUGGGAGCUGGAGAUACCUGUAGACCCAUUUGGCCAUUGCUGUCACUGGCUUUGCUUCUUUUCAGAUACCCAUAGAGCCGCUUCUCUAAGGAUCUACGCUCAUGGAGUCUGAGGGGAAGCAUGACAUCCAAAUGCAGGGUGUGAAAUGCCAAACCCAUUUCUUGGACAAAAUGCAUUCCCGCAAGAUAUCUUCUGGGCACAAGCGCUCCAAGAGUGACUCCGAGAAGAGAAACAACGAAGAUAUAUUGGACUCUUCGGCUAAACCAGUUCAUCAUGCUAAGCCGGUUAAUGGAAAGCCUACUGGCGACGGUGAGAUCCACGAUAAGCAAUCGCCUGGCGCUAAGGUCCAAAUAUCACUGAAACAAGAGAUUCUGCAACUUGAGAAGCGGCUACAGGAUCAACUGGUUAUGCGAUGUGAUCUAGAAAAAGCCUUGGGGUAUGGCUCUUCUGUGGUUUGUUCCUCGAAAGAAAGUUCAAUGCCAAAGCCUACAAAGGAACUGAUAAGGGAGAUAGCCAUUCUAGAGUUAGAGGUCAUGCAUCUGGAGCAGUAUCUGUUGUCACUUUAUCGCAAAGCUUUUGAGCAGCAAACAGCUACCUUAUCUCCUCCUGCUAAUGGGAACAAAACUAAAAAGGUUUUAGGUUCUGAACCAGAGUCACUUCAUGAGUCAGCAAAACUUAAAAUCUCGUCUAAGAAAGGAAGCUCGAGAAUUCAAUCUAGUCAAGCAGAGGUGCCACAGAAAUGGACCACUGACUCAGUGAAUCGAGAUUGUGAAGUCAAGUGUCAGGGGAAGUUACUUGGUUCUGAUGUUCAUCGCAGCCAUUCUUCGCUUUCUCACCGUGCUGUUUGUUCGGCUAGAAUUUCACCUUCAGAGGAAAGUCUUGCUAGAGCUCUUGACUCAUUCCAUUCUCAACCUUUGUACCUCCACGAGGAAGAACAAAAUGCUAAUUCGGGGGUGAUAAGCUUGGCAGAAUAUCUUGGGACUAGUAUCACCGAUCAUGUUCCAGAGUCUCCUAAUAAACUUUCAGAAGAUAUGGUCAGAUGCAUGGGUGCCAUAUAUUGCAAACUGGCUGACCCUCCAUUGGUUUAUCACGGCCUUUCGUCAUCUCCUGCUUCAUCUUUCUCAUCUAUGAGUGCACUCUCUCCCCAAUAUCUGGGGGAUAUGUGGAGUCCUGGCUAUAAAAGAGAAUCGAAUCUAGAUUCUCGGUUAAUUAAUCCUUUCCGAGUUGAAGGACUGAAAGAAUUCAGUGGACCAUACAAUGUAAUGGUGGAGGUGCCUCUUAUUUGUAGAGAUCGUCGGAGGCUGAGGGAUGUUGAAGACAUCCUACAUAACUAUAAAUUAAUCCUUCAGCGAUUGGAGACAGUUGAUCCAAGAAGGCUGAAAAAUGAUGAAAAGCUUGCCUUUUGGAUAAACAUACACAACGCCAUUAUCAUGCAUGCAUAUAUAGAAUAUGGAAUUCCAGAAGGUAAUGUGAAGAAAACUUCUUUGCUCAUCAAGGCAAUGUGCAGUGUAGGUGGUUGUUCGACAAAUGCAGCCAUGAUACAAGGUUACAUUCUUGGGUGCAGGACACACUGUUCCGGGCAGUGGCUUCGGACAUUGCUCUAUCCGAGGUUAAAGCAGAAGGCCAGAGAUGAGUGGCAAGCCUAUGCAAUUGAGCAACCAGACCCUCUUCUAUACUUUGCGCUCUGUUCGGGAAGCCAUUCUGAUCCUGCGGUCCGAAUAUAUAACUCUGAUAGACUGUUCCAUCAGCUAGAAUCAGCAAAGGAAGAGUACAUUCGUGCUACCGUUGGUAUUUGGGAGGAACAGAAGAUCCUUCUACCAAAGCUUGUAGAAUCAUAUGCUAAGGACACAAAACUAAGCUCGCAAAGCUUGGUCGACAUGGUUCAACGUUACCUUCCCGAGACUCUUAGGAUGGCCAUGCAGAGAUGCCAACAAGGCAGAUCGAAAAAGAUCAUCGAAUGGGUACCUCACAACUUCAGUUUCAGGUAUCUGCUCUCCAGAGAAUUAGCAUUUCCUCAGAUCAACUGACGAAUAACACGAUGCUGGCUGUGAAAGAGGAUUCGCAUCUCUCUUUAUUUUGUUUUUCUUGUACAAAAGAGCUGAUGCAUUUUGUAUAUUGAGAGGUUGCAAUGCAUCAUCACCUGUGCAUAAUUCAGUUGGCCUUGAUGAAAUCCUGACAUUAACUUUGGCAUAGAAAGUAAAAAAGUAUAUUUGCCUUUUUGUCAAGGAGAUGAUUGCAUGGCUUGUACUGACCAGUUCGAAAGGAUGAUGGCUUCUGCA